UCCUGAAAGCAAGUGACACCGAAUUCAACUCAUCAUGAACGGAAUAAUGGAUUACCAAACACAACCAUUCAAUGAACCCUUCAAAGAGUUUUAGAGAUCUUUAGACCAAAGAGCGUCCAAAAAUCGAAGUAAUCGGCUUUCAAGAUAAACAAUUGAAAUAAAAACGGUACACACAACAUGUUGAGACCAGAGCGUUAUUAACAUCGGCAACAUCUUCAGCGUCCUGAAAUAGCUGUUGAACCACAGUCAGCUCUUACAGAAAGCCGUUCAAGGGAACUGAAGCUCAUUGUUUUUUUAGGGAUGCAUUCAAUAAAUCUCACAUCUGCCAUAGCAGCAGGUAAGCAGACCAAUGAAACCAUCUCAAGACAACAUAAAUUGCUCGAUGAAGUCCAACAUGCUCUUGAUGUCGCUUAUGCCAGUAGCAUGGCCAUCGAAUCACCGUUAACUGUGGUAGCCAAUCUCUUGUUGUUGAUGGCAAUAAUCUACCGGAGAAAGCUGCAUACUACCGACUGCUGCACCAUAGCAAGCCUUGCUGUAGCAAACAUCUUUAUGGGUCUUACAGACAUGCCCAUGGAUGCCAUAGUCCGCAUUCCAAAUCUGGAACCCCUCGUACGUUCAAAUCGUCCCACUUGUUUCUUCUGGUGGUUUUCGGGGACAUUCGGUUUGUUUAGCUCUCUCAACAGUCUAUGUCUAUUAAGCAUUGAGCGAUGCAUAGCUAUUAUUUGGCCAUUGCAUUACCAUAAGUGGCUGACUCUAAAAAGAGUGCUAGGAGUUAUUGUCAUUGUAUGGGUGUUGGAGGGCAUGAGAGCGUCCUUGAUCUUCUUUGUUGGAAAGUACUUUGAGUCAGCCCCAACACUGAAAGGAAAGUGCAAUUAUUACUAUGGUUUGCCCAAAUGGUUUCAAAAUGAACUGGGCAAUUAUAAAGUCUACGUCACGUUUGCCAUUAGUAUCGUAUGUUGCAGCCUGGCAGCUUUCAUUGCCUGCAGACAGGUACGACGGUUAGAAAAAACUGUCGGGAGUACGCCUACGCCCGCAGAACGAAGGGCCAUGAAGAGGCGAAAGCGGAAUGUCGGAAUCGCUGCUUUAGUGAAUUACAUCGUCUUUCUCAUGUGGCUCCCAAUUCAAGUAGAAAGUUCUGUUAGUCGUGCUUUAGAACUGACCUACCCCCAGGCCCAUGUGAUUCACACUGUUGGUAUAAUCGUGCUGAAGACAAGUUUAUUAGUAAGCCCUUUGGUGAUUGCUUUAUGUCGACCAACUAUCCGGCAGGCAUUCCUUUUUUUCCUGACCACGCCGCCCUGGAAGUGGUCGGAAGUACGUGAUCAUGAGAUCAAGGACACCACGUUUUUGUCGAAAACUUCCUCCGGGGCUCCUGACGUCAUGCCAACUACGGAAACGCCAGACAAAGGAACUGGCGAGGACGUCGAGGUGAGAAACACAGAGUAAAUAAUCUGACCACACCAAGAACUGUUGCCUGAGAAUGAAGUCUUGCGACAUUUUUGGAAACGUGUAAUGUAUAUGUAACCAUUUAAUUUAUUAUGGAAAGUACACUCAUCCGAACAUAAGGCUAUACUUGAGUUGGUCGGAUGAGUCACCCAUUUUUAUGGCUGGAGUAUUUAGAACACCAUCUAAAACAAAAUCAUAGUUACUUCCAAAGUAGAAAGAUUUAUCCUACAUUAAUUGAUUCGUUCCACAAAUCAUUCAUCGUGUCCUCGUCUCCUCAAAAUACCACUGCCAAUACUGCCAUGAUCUGACAAAACGCAUUUUUCUCAAAAUCAAGGUUUCGAGAUAAUCGCGAUUGAGUGUUUUUUGCUAAUUAAACAAACAAAUAUCAAUGUUGUUUUUGUUUGACUAUCCCACAUAAAAAUAUAUAUCAUUUACCAUGACUGUACCAAAUUUGAUUGAAUUUGAGCUAAAGACAAACAAACAAACAAGAAGAAUGCGUUUUAUCAGAUCUUCCCUGUAGAAAUGCGUUUUAUUUCAACGCAUUAAUCCCAGAAUGAUCUGACAAAACGCAUUUUUUUUCUGCGUCCCGUUAACUGUGAUCCAGUAAAACGCAUUUAAAUGCGUUUUAUCAGAUCAUCACUAGAGAAGUCGUGUGUUUUGCUUCCAAAUUCACUGCUGGUUAAACGUAUUUUCUACGGCUGAAAAAAGGGUAUUAAAAUUUCUUGUUCAGAUUCUGUUCUACAGUGUACAUACAAACGCUUUUACUGAAGAAGAAGAAGAAGAAGAAGAAGAAGAAGAAGAAGAAGAAGAAGAAGAAGAAGAAGAAGAAGAAGAAGAAGAAGAAGAAGAAGAAG